AUGAGCAACGCAAAAACGGCCCUCGGAAUUCUGGGUGGAGAGGAUGAGCUAUUGCAAAGUUUCGUCCGGGUGGGUCUCAGAACCGACGGAGACGAUGAACAGCAGCAGCAGCAGCAAUCAAACGUUUCGUUCGGAGCUGGGGCCACUGGUGGCAAUGCUGGAGGUGGCACUGGGGCCAGUGGAGCUAGUGGACCUCCGGUGCCGACCAUCCAACACCAGCCCAGCCAGGGCAAACUAGAUACUCAUCUGAUUCGUCAGUUUUCUGACCACUGCUCGGAUAUGAGUGAUAAAAAUGCACCCAGAAAAUAUCGAGACUUGUUCAACGAACCAGUUGACGUGAAGAAGCGUCGCUACUUUGACGAGGUAUACACUGAUAAGGAUCGUGCGGCUGCCGUUAGCAUAGGAAACUUUGAUAUAAAGCAAAAUCUCAUCAACAAACGUCGCCAGGAACGAAACGAAGCACUUCAAACAGAAGAAGCCGAACCGGGUGCAAUUCUGGCGUUAGGGAUGCGUGAGAUCAAGAAUGGAAACCUAGAUAAUGCAGUUUUGUUCAUUUCUAAGGCUUUGGAGAUGAACAACAACGAUCAGAAUGCUUUGGUUGCUCGAAGCAGAUGCUUCUUGCAGCUUGGGGAACCGGGAAAAGCGUUGCAGGAUGCAGAAACUGCACUUGUGCUGGACAAGAAUAACAUUCGGGCGAUUUACCAGAAGGCAGAAGCUCUGUACUAUUUGGGUCAGUUUGAACAUAGUCUGAUGUUUUUUCACCGUGGCUUGCGCUUACGGCCGGAAUUGGCUAGUUUUAGAUUAGGUGUGCAGAAAACUCAAGAAGCCAUUGAGAACACGAUCGGCAACAACACUAAGAAUCAACCGCAGAAGAAACCAACCAAGGUGGAGAAGCCCAAGUCUGCCAAGAGGGGGCAAUUAUCGCGAGAGGAACUAGAAAAACGUGCUUCGAGGCGUCUUCUUGGGGAUCUGUACAUCGACAAGGAGUAUCUCGAGAACUUGAUCAAACAUCCAGACUUGCGCAAGGCGGAUACCAACACGGAAGGUGUCUCCGAGUAUGCCAAGGAUGCGAUCAAUUUUCUUAACAACAGGCAGGAGUUUUGGCGCCAGCAAAAACCAUGCACCAGUUUGAACGCGAAGAAAAUAAACGGUGUCAAUGGAAUGCUCCCACGCUGGCUGUAA